UUUUACCUCGCUAUUGGGGCAGUUGUCUUGUUUUGCCUGUAGGGGCGCUAGCAGUGUUCAGCGCAACAGGCGUUACCUUAUACACCACAUUCAGCCCGAAUCGAGCUAUUAAGCCAAUUUAAAGACCAAAAGUGGGAGUUCCUUAAGUCACCACUAUCCACUAGACAGGUUCCCCCGCUGUGGGCCAGAGAGUGCUGAAAAUGAGCGGCAGGAAGAGUGGCGCUCCCUUGUUGUGGCUCGCCGUGUGCUUCGGGAGCGCGCUCGAAGCCGUGGCGCUGGGCUCGCGCGCAGUGUGGCGAAACGGCUCGGCGGUGCUCGUGCCGGACUACAUGCUCAACCUGUACAGGACGCAGUCACAGCUCGAGCGCACAAGCAACUACGGGAGCGCGACGCGCGCGAGGAGACGAGCCAACACAGUCACCAGCUUCGUGGACCAGAGCAAAGAUGAGCCAUCAGCUGAGUCCCACCAGCAGUACAUAUUUAACCUUUCGGGUCUCUCAAGGACGGAAGAACUAGUGGAGGCUGAGCUGCGGGUGUUGCGGAAGCUGCCAUCUGACUUGGAGAAAUUACGGUCCUCUGCAGGAAACCUGUACCACCUACGCCUUUAUCGUUGCUCCUCUUGGGGCUCAUCAGGCAAGCCUCGACUACUCACUUCUAGGAUCAUCAACAUUCUGGAUACCACCUUGAGUACUUGGGAUGUUUUUAACAUUGGGACUACUCUAAAAGCCCACCACAGGCUGCACAGGACAACUCAAGACAGCAGAUAUGUAUGUUUCAGAAUAACUGUUGCUUCAGACUUAACACAUGAGCUGAUUUCCCCUUCUUUAGUUGGUUUGGGUUUAGAAGGACAGCAGAAGAAUGAGAGGGCUUUGCUUGUUGCCUUUUCCCGCACUCGCAGGAAAGAAAAUCUCUUCAGAGAGAUCCGUGAGAAGAUGAAAGCCAUGCACAUGUUUGACCGGAGAGCUGAGAGUCGUGGCAGACCAAGGCGCCGCCAGAAGAGGAGAACUGCCUUAGCAGGCCGUGCUGGUGGAGCAGGGACAGCAGGUGGGGGUGGAGCCAUUGUGGGAGGUGGCACAGGCGGAGGGGGCAAAGGAGGUGGCAGACGGCGAACUCGCUGCAGCCGCAAACCACUCCAUGUAAACUUUAAAGAGCUGGGAUGGGAUGACUGGAUCAUUGCACCACUGGACUAUGAUGCGUACCACUGCGAAGGUGCAUGUGACUUCCCCCUCCGCUCGCAUCUUGAACCCACCAACCACGCCAUCAUCCAGACGCUUAUGAACUCAAUGGAUCCAGAGUCAACACCGCCCAGUUGCUGUGUGCCUUCCAAGCUCAGCCCUAUAAGCAUCCUAUACAUUGAUGCUGGGAAUAACGUAGUGUAUAAGCAGUAUGAGGACAUGGUGGUGGAGAGCUGUGGCUGCAGGUAGCAGCUUAAAAAUGGGCUGGCCUACAGCCCUUGCUACCAAAUAUACAAGAGCUCCAACCUAGCACUGUCAGCCUCACAGAAAUGAAUGAGCCUUAGUGCCAAACAUAUUUUAGCAAUCACUACCAUGGGUAAGCGUGUGUGCACAUGCAUGUGUUGGAGUGGACAUAAGAGGUUAUGCUUACAGGAAACCCAAUGGGUACAAAAUACUGAACAGACCUUUUUGCUAGAUACUAAAUUCUCCAAUAAAAUACAAACCUCAUUGAUCAGGAAAAAAGUAAGAGCAGAAAUUCCAGAAAUAACACUGCAUCCUUAUAAUGUAUAAGAAACGAUAGAGCAGUCAAGUCUGCUCCCCAGUGACUGUGAAAAUGUUGAACUGUUCUGAAUUCCCAAGACUCCGAGAGAUUCCAUGAAAGUCUAAGAGAAAAAGUAUUUUGCUUGACAGUCAGCUUAAACUAAAGAGAACAUUCAUAUGAAUUUUAUCGAAGAUUUAAAAAUAUAAAUAUGAGAAAGAAAAAGUGACCUUAAUCAGUAGCAGCAAUGCUUGCCUGAAUGGCGGAGGUUUGGACUUUUUCUGUAAGGCGCAAUAUAUUAUUCCAGUUGGAGCUUGAGUUGUUUUUAUAAUCAAGAGACUCAUAGGGUGAUUUAUUGUGUAUGACAGUUCUGAAUUUUAUAUCAAGGUAACCCACACGCAGCUGAUGCUCCCAAGAGGUGACAUCUCGCUUCCUUUUCUCAGCAUAAUAGACAGUGUUUGACUGGCCCACAAAAGGGAACUCACAGACCAUACAUUGCUAAGAACCUCAGUCAUUAUUUGUUUCACUCAAAAGCUAAUCAUGCCAAGUUCUUUAAGAAUUGUGUUUAACUAAGCUCAUUACUAAAGAAAUAAGCAUUGUGGACAGCACACUUGGCAUCUGCAGGACUAGAUACAAUAACUGUGUUAUUCAUGAUGUCUACAUGUGUAAGAGGUAAAUGACUUCACUGAACCUCAGAACCUGGGAAAGAGGUUAGAAAGCCAAAGUCAAACUGAUUCUUGGCAUAGUGCACUUGUGUGUGACAACCUUCUUGUCAGGUCAAACUGCAAGUGUAGGUUGGUUUGCUUUUCCUUGUCUCUGCUGUCCUUAUGUUAAUUUCAUUUUAGAAUAAACAUUCCCAUCAAGCACAUUUUCCUGAAAGCAGCCUCAGACUGUACACCUGCUAAGGGACAUAAGACAAUGUGUUAACGCUGGGGAAGAAAAAAGACAACCUUAAUUCAAAUAAUUCUAAAAUACAUUUCAUAAGCCAUAUAUAACUUUGAAACAUUUUUUUUAGCAUCCAAAAAAAAGUGAUAUAUAUAUACACACUGGAAUGUAGCAAUACAAAAGUAAAUCAUUCUAAACAAUGUUGGCAGUAUAUUGUAUAAAUAGCGUUAUAUUAUAGAUUUUUGCCUAAAUAGACAGACAAAAAUGCUUCAACCAUAAAACCGUUUCUGUGCCUUAUAUGCAGAACUUAGUGAGCUCAGCUCUGCACGAAAUCUGCCGGGUUUGGUAACAGACUUGUCUUAUCCCAAUUUAUUUCAGUAAAGACAAUCCAUUUUUUCCAAGUAUGCCUGCAUGAGUGUAUAUGAAUAAUCUGAAUAAUAUGCAUAAUCUUUUGGCCAGUUUAUAAAAAAGGUUUCUCUAUUUUGUCCUAAAUGCACAUCUAGACUAAUAAUAAUAAUAAUAAUAAUAAUAAUAAUAAUAAUAAUAAUAAUAAUAAUAAUAAAAGAAGCUUCCAUUAACAUAUUGCUACAUAUUAUUACAUAUUUGUAUUUCAUUACAAUUUUUUCAAACAAGGUAAUUAGUAAAAAACCAACAGCAAUGAAUAAUAAUAAUAUGCAGAUUUUAUACAUUUAAAAAUAAUAAAAUGUAACAAUACAUAAAAUAAAAAAAAAAUAAUAAAGUAAUAGAGCAAAAUUAGAAACAGGUGAAAAAUCUACAACUAAAUAUGUUGAGCAGUUAAACAUGUUAACUAAAUGUGCCUUGAUUACAAUCACUUUAAUUCAUACGGCCUUGUUUAUCAAACAUCAUUAUUACAUUUUCUACAACAAAUUAGUAGCUUAUGUCAUUAAAAUGAACCUUGUUCUCUGUAAUCUGAAAGUUAUAAGAUAAAAGAGAAGAUUUACUAGUAAUUAACAUUGGACUUGUGCUUUGCUUUUGUCAUGUCAACAGUGUUAAAGACCAAGUUGUCCCAAAUUUACAGUACAAUGUGAAUGCUGACUGAUUUCAGGAGCAUGGUGAAAGCUUAAAGCUGCAAGAAUUACGUUUUUGUGCCUUGGCAUUUUAACUUAAAAGCCUUUAGAGACAUUUCAAGGAGUAGGUAUUUCAGCUGGCCAAGUGCUUUCAGACACUGAAUGUAAAUCCUACAGCAUUGCUAUGCUUCAACUAAGGGCUUUGGCAACCUUGCUAUAUACAUCAAUUCUAGACUAUGUUCACAUCGUAAGAAUCGGACAUCUGUUUUACUUUACCGUCCCCGGUUUAUAGCAUGUUGGUUUUAAACAUGAGAUGGAAGAGUAAAACGUGUUUAUUCUAAUUUGAAAGUACUAGCCUUAAUUUUAGGGAAUUUAUUAUGUUCUAUCGAGUCCUGAUAUACAUUUGUGAGCUGUAAAAAUAUAAUGAGAAAGUAUAAUGAAAUCAAUCAUUAUA